GCAAUUAUUACGGAUAACUUUUCAGACUGAAUGAAUAGAUCAUAUGUAGAUCUAGAAGAUAUAAAUCUAGAUCUAGACUAGAAUCUAUAUUUCAGUAUAGACUCUACUACUCUAGAUCUGUAUAGGAUAUUACCCUUUAUAGAUCUAUAUAGACUGUUUCAUUUAUAUCUAGAUUUUCUAGAUAUCUCUAGACUAAUAGACUAAUUAUAAAGUAUCAAAGUAAAGUUUAGUAAAGCACUCUGACUCUGUGAAUAGUAGUGUGAUAAGUGUGAACUUCAUACAGUGAAGUCUGUUUGAGAAACAGAGCCAUUUAACAUUACAAUGGCCAAUACCACAGUGUGUACAGAUACUUCUGAGGCUGUUGAGCUGUUUGAAUCUCAAGGGCUUUUCUUGAAGCCAGUUGCAAAAGUUAAUAUUUGUGUUCAACUACCACAAUUAAAAACAGCUGGAAAGACUAUUUCUAAUUGGGAAGUUAUGGAAAAGGUGAAACACAUGGUCAGACCUGAAGUGUUCUUAACCCUGAAAAUAUUCAAAAGUACUCUAGAAUUUAUACGACUGGAAGGUGAAAUAGAAAACAAAAGUAGAAUUCACAACAUAAUUCUAAAAUUAGAUGGAAAGACUAUCAAGCUGAGUGGAUUCACUGAAAUACUUAAGGUUCGAGCAGCUGAAGCCAAGGUCAGUUUCCCAACUCGGCAUGACUGGGACUCUUAUUUCAGAGAUGCUAAAAAUAUGAAUGAAAUGAAGCCAGGAGAGCGCCCUGACACCGUCCACUUGAAGGAUUUACCAACUAUAUGGUUUGCUGCCAGGCAUUCAGACAAGGAUCUCAACAGUAAGGAAUUAAAACCAAACGAGGCAGUUGUACGUUCUGUCUUUCAAACAUUUGGUGAAAUUAGGUGCAUAGACAUUCCAAUGCUUGAUCCCUAUCGAAAGGAGAUCUGUGCUAAUUUAAAGAAAAGUUCCAUCCAGACAUUUUCUUAUGGACAAGACUUGACGUUUGAGUGUUACAUACAGUAUAUGGAUUAUAUCAGUUUUGUGAAGGCUAUGGACUCGCUUAGGGGGAUGAAGCUCUUGUACAAAGGAGAAGAUAAAGCUCUCACAGCAAUCAUCAAAGUGGAUUUUGACAAAACCAAACACUUGUCUGAGAAAAAUAUCAGGAGGCGUAGGAUAGAAAGAGAAAAACUAGAAGCACUAGAGAGAGAACGAUUGGAGAGAGCUAGAAGAGAAAGAGAAGAAGAAGAAAGGAGAAAAGAGGAAGAAAGGCGAAAGAAAGAGGAGGAAGAGAGGGAAAAAGAGCGUAAAAGACAAGAAAAACUUCAGCGGAAAGAAGAGAGAAGGAAAGAGAGGGAAGAGAAGAGAAGAAGAAAGAAAAUUGAGAAGAAACAAAGGGAAGAGGAAGAAAGAAUGCAGUACAAAAUAGCCCUUGAAGAGCGCAGGUUUUUAAUUGCUCAGAGAAAGCUAGAAUCUCUCCGUCUGUUGUCUGAGUUAUUUGAGCGUAUAAAGGUUCUUAGAGUGAAAAAAUAUUUAGAGAUAAAAGAGAAAGAAUUAGAAGAAGAGAGAAAACAGCAGGUGGAGGAUGCCAAGAAGAAACAGCUGGAGGAUGAAAUGAAGAAAGAAGAGGAAAAGAAGUUUAAGAAGCUGAAGCUUCAACAGCAGGAGCAUGAGCUUCGUGAGAAAAUUUUAAAGAAUUUUAAAGCUAAGGAGGAGCAACUUCAGGAAAAACAAAGAGAGGAAUUAAGAAAGAAACUAGCUGGAACAGGUAAACUCAAAAGUGCUGUCAUCAUGAAGAAAGAGGUCAGUGGUGCUACUAAAAAGAAGAAGAACUUGGCAAACCAACUGACUGACGAUAUCAACACCCAAGAGACUGGCUCAACCAGUGCAAGUACAGAAGACAAUAGCCCAGUCAAAAAGAAGGCUCCGACUACAAAACGUAUCAUCAUGAAGACCACAUCUAAACCUGCUGUAACCAAGAAGGCUGGCCCCAAAGGUCAGAAAAUCAAGCCAUCUAAGCUGGAAGAGGCGGCUUCUUCGUCUUUCUCUCAGGAUUCAUCCUCAGAAAGUGAGGAGAUGGAUGAGGAGGAGGACAGUGAAGACAUGGACAUUGAGAGUGCUGACUUUGUAGAGGGGGACAAGAAAAAUGUUAAAAGGGUUGGAGGUACAAGUAGUGUGAUGGAAAGGGUCCUUAAUGCCAACCGAAUGCGGGCUUGGAGAGAACCAGGCGACUAUUUGGACAGCCCUGUACCAAAAGCAGCUCGGGGCAGAGGAAGAGGAAGGGGAUCUAAAAGGGGGAUGGUGCGAGGCAGAAAGGCUGAUAGGAAUGUAGGAAGUGAGAGAGAAAAGAGUACCAAUAAAGAAAGGAGCAGGAGUAGAGAGCGGAGCAGGUCUUACAGUAGAGAAGCAAGCAGGUCCUACAGCAGGGAGCGGAGCAGGUCCUACAGCAGAGGAAGAAGUAAGAGCAGUGAGCCAGGGGACAUUCGCGUGGGGCACAGACCCAAAAGACUUUUGAGAGGUGGACUUAUGCCUCCUGGCAUGAUGCCCCUGCCACCUGGCCCUCACCCAAUGAUGUUCCAUCUGCCUCCCUUUCCCAUGCCUUUCCGCCCACCAUUCCCAAUGAGAGGUAGAGGCCCACGUGGCAUGCCGCCGAUGCUGAUGCGUGGUGGCCCAAAUAGCAUGAGAGGGAUGAGGCUGCCAUUGCCACCCCCAGGGUUUCGUGGAGGGCUGAAUGUUUUCAACAAAAGCUACCUUCGCAAAUACAACCAGUUCCUGGGCAUGGGGAAUCAGUUAAGAGACAUGACAGGCAGGUAUGCUCAGCCUCUUCAAGUACCUCCUCCACCAAUGCCUCAUUUUGGGGACAAGAGAGACAGCUUUAGGGGAAGCAGGAGGGACAGGCAGAGGCGUAGGGGCCAUGAGAAGAGCUCUAGGAGGAGAAGCAGGCACAGCCGCAGCAGAAGUGGUAGCAGCAGAGAAAGAAGCAGGAGCAGCCACAGAAGUGAUGACAGUGAUUACAGUAGAGACAGAAGUAGAAGUAGGCGCAGGAGCAGAAGUGAUGAUAGUAGAGACAGGCAUAGGAGUAGUAGCAGGGAUAAGAGUAGAGAUCGCAGUAGAAGUAAAGAUAGGAGCAGAAGUAAAGAUAGAAGCAGAAGUAGAGACAGGAGUGGAAGCAGAAGUAAAGAUAGGAGCAGAAGUAAAGAUAGAAGCAGAAGUAAAGAUAGGAGCAGAAGUAAAGAUAGAAGCAGAAGUAGAGAUAAGAGUAGAAGCAGAAGUAGAGACAGGAGUGGAAGUAGAGAUAAGAGUAGAAGUACAGAUAGAAGCAGAAGCAAGAGUAGAGACAGAAGCAGAGAUUUGAGCAGAAGUAGAGAUAAAAGUGGAAGCAAAAAUAGGAGCAGAAAUAAAGUUAGGAACAGAAGCAAAGAGAGGAGCAGAAGUAAUGGCAGAAGCAAAAGUAAGGAAAGACAAGAAAAGAAUGAAGACAGAAGCAAAGACAGGCAGGAAAGAACUGAGGAUAGGAGCAGAAGUAUAGAUAGGCAGGAAAGAAGUCAAGAUAGGUAUGAAAGAAGCAAAGACAGGCAGGAAGAAAGUAGAGACAGUACCAGGAGUAAGGACAGAAAACAAGACAAUAGCAGAAGUAAGGACAGAAAAACAGACAAAGUUUCAGAUAAAAGUAGAAGUAGAGAUAAGUCUGAAAGAAUAGAUGAUAAAAGUAAGAAUGAGUCAACAGACAGACGCAGCAGGAAGUCAGAAAAAGUUGAUGAUAAAAAAGGUAAUGAUGGAAAAGUAAGAGAUAAAAACAGCAACAGAAGCCAAAGUAAGGAUAGGAAGUCAGAUGACAGCCAACGAAAGGAUAAAAGGACAGAACCAGGUCAAGACAGAAGCAGAAAAAGUGAUGAGAAGCUAGAAAGAAAAAAGGAUAGAAGCAGCAGCAAAGAAAAAAGGAGAGGUGUUAGUACAGAUAAAAGAAAUAAAAGUAAAAAUAAUGAAACAGAUAAUGUAGAGGAAACAUUUACAGACUUUUCAGACAGCAGUAGUAAAUACGAUGACCCUGUAAUGGAACAAAUGUUGGAUCAAUAAUUUACUUGCCUGUCUAUUCAUUCAGCUCUAAAGAAUCAGUUACAUUAGGUGAAGAAACAAUGUGACUGUCUAAAAGAAGGAUAUUCCAUGAUAAGCUAAAAAAAAAACAAAUUUUGGACAGAACAAGUGAUAAUUCUUUCUUGACAAACAUAGUGAAGCAAAGAUAGCCUUUGUAGUUUGUUGCUAUGUAAUAUAUCCUAUCAAAACUGAUUUGGUGGUACACUGAUGCUUUCCUAGUCCUUAAUGUGUGUUCCAAAACUCAAAGAGUUUGGUCGGGUUGUGUUUUAAAACUUGUUGCACAAUAUAUCACAAGUUGUUCACUUAUUGGUGCCAAAGCCCAGAAUGAAACCAUUUCAAUACUACUUGCAGUCUAUGGCAUCUUAUGUCUGGAGAUCUUUUCCUUUGCAACUUCUGAUGUGAGACCAAUCACAUCCAUACUACGUGCACUACUUCUUAUCUUAUAUAAUACAGACGUUACUUCAAAAAAGAUGAUGAUUACGUCCUACACGUCAAUUGUAAACUAUGGCCCCAUUCAAUUCCCUGCUUGUGUACUUCUCUAUUAAGUGUUAUCUCUGGUUUUUAAAUCUUUUUACUUGAAGGUAUUUAAAAAAGACAUUUUUUUUUCUUAGAUAAUAAAUUUUACAUUAUAAAAUAACAUACACUUUGAGUCAGAAGAUUAAAAAAAAAAAGAAAUUGCAGAAUUUUACAUGUACGUUCAGUCCCAUUGUCAUUCAACUAGUUUCAUAUAUUCAGGACUGUAUACUAAACAAUGGUUAGUGCCAUUCAGAUGAUGAGCUCUAAUAUUGAUUCCCUUCUAGUGGCUUUUUAUUCGUCUUUGAAUCCCCCAAAACUUUUGUCUAUAAUGAUCAAAGGGUCACCUAACUGAUCACACUACCAUCAACAUGUCCAGAUCUGAAUUCACUUUCUUUUUUUAAUCUAAUUUUUAGAAUUGUUAUUGUGGCUGUCCUGAAAUAAUUUUUUGUUGGCUUAAUGACAUAGUAGUUUUAUUCCCUCAAUAUCUAGAUACUGUCUAGCUUGUUUAACAAGCUAUUUUUCUUAACCAUUUUUCAGCCAACUGAAGCCUUUGUAUUUUUAUAAACUGUUUACAUCCUUGUAUGACUUAAGCAUGCAUUUGAUGUGUGUGAAAGCUAAAUUUAGCCUUGGUUAUAAAUGUUCCACAAAGAAGGCACUAAUACCCUAAGUCUUGGUUGUAAAUGUUCCACAUUAGUUGAUGAAAUGUUCACUUUUCAUUGUGAUAACUAUUUAGUUUGUUUACACAUUUUAAGAAAUCUGUAAUAUCUAGCAACUACUUUGUCAUGAAUUCAUUUGGAAAAGCUUCCACGCCCUCUGUAAAGUCAGCACUUGUUAUAGCAAAGUUUUUAGAUAAAGAUCCUGGUUGUUUUUAAGUAAGUUUCCUAAGGGCUGUGGUAAUAAAUUGGCCACAUGUGGGAUGUGUGGCCAAGAUGCUAAGUACACUUGAGCUUGACUUGGCUACCUAUCAAGGGGGCUUGAGGUUCAGCAUUGACCAGCGCCCCCCCCCCUCAGUCCACACGAGUUUGGGCCAUAGCGCUCUGAGCAUGUUAUAAGCUUGAAAGUUGUGCUAUAUAAAACUAUUUAAAAAAAAAUCAUUUACAACUUCUCUAUUUCUAAUUAAUUGGGAUGAAUUUUGAUAUAACAAAACUUUUUUUGUUUUUUUUUUUGUUUCAUAAUCUUUGUCUUUUCUUGAAUGGAUGUAUUUUAUAUUACGAAACUGUCACAUGCCAUCUGUGAUAUAUUGUGUAGAAGGAGACAGGAUUCAAUUCACUCGAAAUAAUAAGACAUAUCUUAGGUGCUUUUGUAAUGCAGAAAGUCAUCCUUGUCAAUACAGACGGCCACUAUUGCUGUGAUGCAGGUGGCCACCUUUGUUAUUGCACUAAACAAAUGGAAGAAAAGUUCAUAUAAUCUUUAUUAUGAACUGCAUGUGACUAGUCUGUAUACCUCAUUUUGAAAGCUACCAUGAGUUCAGAUGAUUCUAUUGAGUUCAGAUUAUUCUAAUACCAGUAUAUCUUACAAUUGCAAGUUGUAACCAACUUGUGUCUUGAGGACAUUCACUUUGUCAUUUUAGCUGAGCACUUUGAUGCAUUUAUAAAAUUGGGACAGAAUUGGGGGCCAUAUUUAGCCACCAAAUUUACUUAAAUACUUGUAAUUACUUUUGUUAUGCUUGGUACCAUAUUAAACAUUAACUUUAGGUAUUCCUUUUAAAUUCUACUGCACUGACAUAAAAUGUUUCCUACUAUCUGAGAUUCAAAUAAAAUUCAUCAUUGAUGCAUGUACUCAUGUACAGUGAUGGUUAGUCAAACAGUCUAGUAGCUGAUUUCAUUGCCAGCUUUGGCAGAACUGGUAUCGUUCCAUGGACAAACAAAAUUGUUUGGCUAUACUUGGUUUGAGAUUUUUGCCAACUUUUUUUUUUAACAAUCUGCUACAUUUAGCAAUACCGGGUAUCAAACAGUUCAACAUUUUGUUAAGAAUGUUUUUUGUUAGUUUGUAAAUAGUGUGCUCAUUGUUUUUUUAAAUUAGCAUAAAAGGUUUGCCAAAAGGAGCAAUAACUAUGAAUGUCUUCAUUAAAUAUGCUGUUGGUCUGUGAAAUGCAUUCUUGUCAUUCAUGAGUACUAGAAAUGUCUUAGUUCAGCAGGCAUAGUGUGUGUGUGUGUAUUUAGUACUGUAUAUAUUUAUGUACAUUUGAUCUCCCCUUCCCCUAUCUGGUUCAAGUAAAAAUGCUUUUCGUGUGUGAAUGCUGUUACAAGAUCUGCUUGAUAUAUUAUUUUUUUUUGUAAAAAAAAAUUACAUGAAUUUCUUGGAAUAAAGAUGAUUGUUCCAGUA